AUGGGGAAUUCUCAGAGUGUGGAGAAGUCGUUUGCGGAGAUAGAGGAGGAGUUUAAACUGAAUCCUCUUCAAGCCGACCUUGUUAUUGAAGCCGCACUGACUGAAAACAGGACCGAUGAACAAGGUCAAGUCAGUGCAGGAAAGAUUGGCAGUGAGCAGUGUCUCCAGAUCUUGAUCCCAUUGCCCAGCCACAUAGAUGAGACAUUUAGCACUGGGUCUGGUAAAACACACGUCAUCUUGGUGGCGGACCGGAGUGGAUCCAUGUCAGGCAAUCCGUGGACUCGGGUAAAACAGGCAAUGUUGGACAUUGUGGAAACUGGCAUGAACAACUCAGAGAUUAAAAUUGACAUUGUUCUGUACGACCACGAGGCCGUCAGACUUGACUUCACGUUUCACAACUACAAGACAGUUAUUGAGGCGCUGAAGAUAGGAGGAACAACUAGUUUUGUGGCAGCGUUUAAUGAGGUUGACGAGAUUAUUGCAGAAUCUAGAGGUGAUGCUGCUGGACAUACUGUGAUCAUAUUUCUGACGGACGGAAACGACACAGUGACCGGACGGGACCACGUCCAGGCAGAGUCUGACAAGUGGACAGACAAGCUGAGACAGACGGACACUGACGUCUCAAUACACACGGUCGGCUUCUCACGAAGUCAUGAUUUCAAGUUCCUACAAAAACUGAGUGAGUCGGGAAGCACCCCGGGUAUGUUUCGUUACUGUGAGCCCCAAGAUGGACCAACGGCGUUACAAGCCAAACUGGCGGAACUCUUCAAUCUAGUCUCGUUUAGUCAAGGGCAGACUGUGGAUAUUGAGAUUGUGAUGGAUGGAGAAAAUAAGAUUGUUGGUUUGGGCAAGGUCACACAGAAUGCUACCAUUACAGGGGAAAUAACUGAGCAGGAACAAGAAGAAGGAACAGGAGCUAACCACUGUGAAAAGAAUCUGCUGAUAAAAGCAGAGACGUGGAUCUACCUCCCUGUGGCUUCUUCUAUGCCCUGUCCAGCCAUCAGUGUGAAGAAGACACUUAAAAAAAACAAAAGAUCGUACUGCCUACAACUGCCUGUUGUUUGUCGUAGCGUGAAUCGAGAAAUUGUUUCCAGUGCAUCAGACAAAGUCAUGUGGGGAGUGAGGAUUUUGUCACGAAACACUGAUGUUCUCACAACUUCAUUCUCGGAUGUGAUUUCACAAAACGGAGAUAUCUCAAAGCUCGAAGUACGUCUGAAGAAGCUACAAGACAGAAUGUCUCAGACGACAGUGUUUGGACCGGGAAUCAGCAAACACUUGAGAUCUUCCAUCAUGGAUUAUAUCAAAGAAAUUCAGAAAAAGAUUGACUUAAUGCAUGGAAUGCUGGCUCGCUUCUCACGUGGAGACACGCAGUCUGUGGCAAUGCUGGCAAGAGCACAUGAUUUGCGGUAUGAGGCCCAAUUCAGUAAGAGCCGUCGACAGCGACUGAUGGACAAGAGAGUUGUGAAGAACAUGCGUAGUGCCAAGACCGACCAGUCCAAGCUGCAGAGUCUGCACGUCGAUCAGACAGAACUGGGACGACUUUCUCGAGACUCACUUGAGUUCUUCUUCUGUGUCCUGUCUCAGCUGUCGGUCAAAGAUGUGCUCCUGGACACUGAUGACACUGGUGACGCCAUCGGGUUCGGUCUGGCUGUCAAACGUCCAGAACAUGCACUGGAUGAACCAACAGCAACCCGCAUCUUUGUCAUCAGUGGCACUCUGGUCAGCAGAAAUGCUCUCUUUGAUGCUCUGGAGUACAAGAUAUCGGUUGCCGGGCAACUGAGCGCUCAUGGUGGCUUUGACUUCAAGAACCCUCUGGGCUAUGCGACAGUUGGCAUGAGCAGAGAGCCCAUCAACGCCUGGUUACCUCUGUACAUAACAAGGUCACAUUGGGAGAGAGUGAAGGUCCUACUAAAACCAACCCUGGGCUACUUCUGUACAUUAGACCCUCUAGGCUAUGACUACAAACAGAUGGAUGUUCUCUUCAUGGUGCUGGGCAACAUGAUUGGUCAGCUAGGGGGAACCACUGUAGGAGAACACCAACUGCGUCUGCUCUUUGCCUUCCAGAAAACUUGUGCAGCUACAAUAUGUGACUUUGAGCUGUUAAAGCCAGUCACUGAGGCAGUGAAGAAUUUUAUUGAUAGUCCUGAAGGUCGGACUAAGGAUGUGAUUCCAAAUCUGUCAACUCUGAUUGGAUACCUGGCAGCUCUUCCUGUUGGUUCUACAAGACAACUCCUUGGUUAUGAUGGUUGGUAUCUACAUGGACUUUUUUUUUUGAUAGUGAAACAUAUUUUUGUUUCAGAACACAAGAGUGAAAAGCUACCUCAAAAGGCAGUGAAGUUUUGGAUCAGUUUCCUUGCUGAAUGCCUGCGACGUGCUGGUGGCUCAGCGUUCAGGGAAGUGAGUGACAAUUUGCUGAAUGGUAUUAUUGACAGGUUGUUGAAUGGACAACUGCAAGACAAACUGCAACCAGCCAUCACACAUUGCGAAGCGCGACUGGUGCAAGAAUGCAGAUGUCUGAAAGACAAGAAAAUCAACAUGCAAGUGAAGGAGUUUGACCCCACAUUGGGGGUUAAGGCUCCUGAUGUCAAACUGGAGAGACUACCAAAGGUAGACAGGGCCAUGGAUAUCUGGGCACAGGCACAGUGCGGGUUCAUUACUAACAAGAACAGAACAGAACAAGUGAAGGAAGCGAAAAAAGUUAUUGACAAGUGGAUGGCUCAAGGAGUGCAGAUGGCUGCAGUUAACGUAUUACAGGAUGAAGAUGUUGUAGGUGGAAAAGAAGAGCAAACAGGGGAGACCACUGGUGACACCAUUGAUGUCAGUUAUUGCACCGCUUCAGUUCUUGAAACAACAGCACAGCUCUUGGAGAAACUUUCACGAUUAUGUUUCCCUGAAUUGUCAACUAUCCCAGGGUUCAUUGCAUUUAUUGAUUGCUACCUUCGUAAUGGAAACAGUUUUGUGGAGCUUGAUGAGAAUGGAGGAAUAGCCCCAGAGUCCUGGGUUUCACAAAUGAAGGAAGCAGUCCACAAGAUCUGUACAUCGAUGCAGGGUUUCGAGAGUCGUUGUAGUGAAUUAACUGGAAUGAAAAGUGAGACGUCCGAGACACUUGUAGUGAUUGCAGGUGAGAGUGACAUACAGGCAGCAGCUGAUAUCUCAAACAACUCAACAGGUACUGGACGAGGAAGUGGAGCCGUCACUCAGACCAGUCAGGAUGAUGCCAAAUCAAUGAUGCCAAGUAAUGAGGACAACACAAGUCCUGUACAAGAUGACCAUGUCUCAGACUUCAGCGACUAUGAGGAUUCUGAGGAUGAAGAGAGUCCAGAACGUAUCAUCCAGAAGAGAAAAAAGACCAAUCAGACUUAUGUCAGCCUUCCCAUGAUCCUUCAUUGCAUUCGUCCUGAGGAGGAUAACUCUGUAUUAAUUAGAGCCAUGCUGUGCCAGGCUGUUGAAUUCCAUUCUAACAGUCGGGCUCGAGCCGGAGCAAAGAGUGGAAACCUGAAGGAUCUUGCAAUGACAGAGCAUGCAGCCGAAACUCUGGUAGAUUUCCACAGUGUUUUGAAGAAGCGUAGAGAUACAGCAUUUCAGUCAAUAGUGGAUGAGGCUCUCUGGCAGCGGGCCAAUCAUUGCAUGCUGUAUACAGACACUAUCUGGGCUUUCAUUGGUUAUUUGAUGAGCACACAUAAAGACAGAGGUGAGGGUUUCAGCCAGCUCAUGACCAUGUUCUUUUCAUGUGAGAAGACAGAGUUAGUUCCCCUGAUAGAGGAGAAGCUGAAAGUAUUACUGAUGGGAAAAUACAAGGACUGUUCUGUGUUAGCCAACGGAAACAUGUGGCUCCCCGAGAAAAAGGUGGCAAAGAAGUUUGAAGAUUUGAUUGGCGAAGAGGUCUGGACAUCCAUUCAUGUUGAGCUGCGAUCGAACAUACAGGUCCACGUGUACCGGGAGUCUGAUAUCUCCAAUCGCCACGGCCACUGCAACUCUAACCCCUACAUUCCCAACGUCCUCCGAGCCAAGCUGGGCAUGCCUCUUCUACCAGAACCUAAGCAGAAGCAGAGGAAAGUACAAGCUGCAGCUAGCUGUAUGAAAAAUAUACUGACACAACCUUCGACAGACUGGACAGUAUAAGAGCCAGGCAUGAAAAAUAUACUGACACAACCUUCGACAGACUGGACAGUAUAACAGCCAGGCAUGAAAAAUAUACUGACACAACCUUCGACAGACUGGACAAUUUAAUAGCCAGGCAUGAAAAAUAUACUGACACAACCUUCGACAGACUGGACAGUAUAACAGCCAGGCAUGAAAAAUAUACUGACACAACCUUCGACAGACUGGACAGUAUAACAGCCAGGCAUGAAAAAUAUACUGACACAACCUUCGACAGACUGGACAGUAUAACAGCCAGGCAUGAAAAAUAUACUGACACAACCUUCGACAGACUGGACAAUUUAAGAGCCAGGCAUGAAAAAUAUACUGACACAACCUUCGACAGACUGGACAGUAUAACAGCCAGGCAUAAAAAUAUACUGACACAACCUUGAACAGACUGGACAGUAUAACAGCCAGGCAUGAAAAAUAUACUGACACAACCGUGGACAAACUGGACAGUAUAACAGCCUGGCAUGGAAAAUAUACUGACACAACCUUGGACAAACUGAACUGUCAAAAAUCCAGGCAUGGAAAAUAUUCUGACACAACCUUGGAUAGACUGAACAGUAUAACAGCCAGGCAUGAAAAAUAUACUGACACAACCUUGGACAAACUGGACUGUCAAACAGCCAGGCAUGAAAAAUAUACUGACAAAACCUUGGAUAGACUGAACAGUAUAACAGCCAGGCAUGAAAAAUAUACUGACACAACCUUGGAUAGACUGAACAGUAUAACAGCCAGGCAUGAAAAAUAUACUGACACAACCUUGGAUAGACUGACAGUAUAACAGCCAGGCAUGAAAAAUAUACUGACACAACCUUAGGCAAACUGAACAGUAUAACAGCCAGGCAUGGACCAAGGGCUUAGGCUAUUUUUAGGGGUUAUUUUUUGUUUGUCUUAUAUCUAGUUACGGUUAAGGCAUGCUCUCCUGGCACACACUUCAGCUGUCUGGGUUGUUUGUCCAGGAUAGUGGGUUAUGGUUAGUUACUAGUGCAGGGCUAAAUCUGCAUGAGUAGAAAAUGUCAAACUUGAAAAAUUGCAAAAAACCCAGUUAUUUUCUAACAAAAUGUCAAUUGUUACAUGAAAUUAUUUUGUCAAAUUAAAAUAAAAUUUGCCAAUUGCUUUUAAAAUUAGCAUUGGCAAAUUUGGUAAGUGUCAUAGCAUAGUGAGAAAGACAUUUGUGGCCUUACACCUUCCCAUUGUGCCUCUAGAAACUAACUCAGAAACCAGUACCAGAAUGCGAACCCAGUACCUACUGGCCUUAAAGGAAUACUUAAGCAAGGCUUUUGGACUGGCAGGCGCAUAUUUAACAAUAUCUAAUGCACGUGUGUAACUACCUUAUAACUCUACAAUCAUGAAUAUUUAUAACACUCAGAUUAAUAGUUUCUGGCAUGAGUCCCUUUUGUAGAUGUUUUUUCUGACAGAAGUCUCAAGAAAAUCAGUCCUGGAACUUGCGUCAGAAAAACCAAAGCUUGCUUCAAGGAUUGAUUUUCUUGCGACAUGUGUCAGAAAAAACCAUCUACAAACGGACAAUCAAUCCUUGGACUUGUGUCAGAAAAACCAAAGCUUGCUUCAAGGAUUGAAUUAUACGAUAUUACAGUAAACAGUAUUAUUGGUUAACAUGUUAAAUACAUGUAUUUGUUAACGGCGAACUGAAAAAUUAUCAUUGUAAUGGUAUGUAACAUCAAACAGGGUUAUUGUUGUAUUAGAGCUGCAAUCUUUACCUACCCUGUGGUAGGCAGCCAUUCCUUGCUAUACAGUUAUCUCUGAUGACAGAAAGCAAUCAUAACCAUCCAAAUGUCUUCCUAUCUCUUGAACGACAGAGUACUUGGGCUAGGUAAUUAUGUUUUCAAAGGAGUGAAAUCCCACACAAUUAAAAAAAUGUUUUGUAAAUCACAAAACGUUGAUCCAUAUAACUCAUUAGUUUGAAGUUACUUGUUAUAUGUAGUACUAACUGAAAAGACAGUGCAAGUGGUAUAGUAUAACAGCAACACGAGGUGGUGAUCAGGCAUGAGGGCUGUUAACUGAAAAAUGUCAUGGUUAACCUGUCGAUUUGUUUACACAGUACUUGUCAGUUGAGAGCACUCCCUAAUAUUACUAGUCGCACAACCCUCUGAUUCACAGAAUAUAUUCUGACAGAAAUAUAUUCUGACAGAGUCUUGAAUUGCAUGGACUAAUUAAUGGUGGUGUGUAACCUUACGUUGCUAGGAAUCUACAUUAUUUUCUUUACGGGUAUUCAUUAAUUUAUUAGCAUUUAGGUGAUAGCUCAGGUUGUAUGUAUUCUAGUUUCAUUAAUUACAGUAUGCACCUUUUUUUUUAUUAGUGCCGUUUCAGAAUUGAUGAUGGGGAUGUGUAUUUGAUUAGUUUUUUUACUCAUCAAUUGCUCACAAUAUGUUAUUUCAAUCAAGUAUGCAUAAGGGGUGGAUAUGAAAGACUCACCAUAAUGUGAUCUUUUCUGAAAGUGAAACAUCUCCUAUUAGAUUGUAAACCAAGGUUACGUCUGUCACAUCGAAAUGGUGUUGCCUUGCUGUGAUUUGAGCAGAGAAAUGUAACUGUUAUUUCAGAACUCCUGUGAUACUUACUGUUCAUAUACAUGUACAAUAUUAUAUUUAAUUUAUAUUUUUUUCCAUUUAACUUUUAUUAAAUAUUCUUUUACAGGUAACU